UUUUAGGAGGGAGGCGGUGUCAAAGUGUAAUUCCGACUGCGUAAAACAUCCGAGUUUAUCGUUUCUUUGUACUUAGAUUUUUUCGAUAGUCACCUUCUGCACCAGUGAGUGUAAAGGCAGACUAUAGAACGUUCAGGCGAUAAAAGUUUAACAAUUGUGUUCAUUCCACUUAAUUAAAAACAACAGAUUAAAAUGAAGGCAAUAGUCGCAUCCACUUUGUUGCUGUGCACUUUCGUCCUUGCCACAGGCGACCUACAAUGUUCUCACACCGAACCCUUGUACCUGACCAACCCAAGAUGGGACGACAUGGUGGACCCCUGCGUCAACGUGAUGAGAAAACAGAUCAAGACCGAACUUAACGCCGCCAUGCAAUAUCUGGCCAUGGGGGCCCACUUCUCCAAAGACGUGGUAAACAGGCCCGGGUUCGCCAAGAUGUUCUUCGAAUCGGCAUCUGAAGAGCGGCAACAUGCCAUCAAACUGAUUUCCUACCUGCUGAUGAGGGGAGAACUCGUCUCUGACGUCAGCAGCCUGAUUGACACUAGAGCACUUUUUGAAAAGAUCAACUGGACCAAGUGGGAAUCAGGGUUAAGUGCGUUGAAAAAUGCUCUUACGCUUGAGGCUCUUGUGACAAAAGACAUCAAAAACGUUAUUGAAGUAUGUGAGGGACACACUAAUAAGAAGCGCCAAAACCAGGAAGAAGUUAAUGAUUAUCACUUGGUUGAUUAUUUGACUGGGGAAUUCCUUGAAGAACAAUAUAAGGGACAGAGAGAUCUUGCGGGUAAAGUAUCGACCUUGAGCAAGUUUAUGACUGAUCACGGAGAUCUUGGGGAAUUCUUAUUCGACAAGAAACUGCUCAAAGGUGAUUUGUAAAUUUUGUAAUGAUUAGUGUAAAGUAGAUAUAAACUUUUUCCCAUUGUAACUUACAUAAUUCAUGUGAUAAUGAAAAUUCAGAUUGUAUUUGAGAGAUUGUAAUAUCAGUUCUGUUAUAUGCGUUUUACAAUAAAGUAAUUUUUGAACAA